AUGGAGGCGGCCGAUCUCGCCGCGGACGGCCGCAUCUUCAAGGCCGACUUCACCGACGCCGGCGCCUACCAGCUGCGGGAGCGCAUGCGGGAGAAGCUCCGUGAGUUCGAGGGCAGCGCCGAAGACUCCAUCGCGGACUACGUUAUUGUGCUUCUCAGGAAUGGAAAACGCAAGGACCAGGCCAGGAAGGAGCUCCAUAUUUUUUUAGGAGUUGAUGACAGUGCAUUGUUUAUUUCAUGGCUGUGGGAUCAUCUAUCUUUAAAUUUGCACCUGUAUGUGCAAACACAAGAGCAGGAGGUGGAGAACAAGGACGAUGAAAUCUCAAAAGAAUUAUCUGGAAGACAUAAAUCACCUGAGGUGCACACGAGAAGAGAUCAAACGCCUCUUGAGCACACAAGUGAAUCAAAUACGACCAUCAGGAGUCGGAAUAAGAGGGAUUGGAAAGGAACUGGCAGGGAGGGUAACAGAAACUUUCCACUUCGAAGUGUACUAACGGAUAUUUUGCACGGAGAAGAGAAAAGGCUGCAAAAGUCUACUGAAAUACGGCAGCCUCCAUCAUCUAAUCAACAGAAUGGAAGAAAGCGCGAUCGGGAGGAUGAGCCACAACAAACAAAGAGAGAAUUGCCUUCACGUCCGGUGCUUGGUGCUUCCCGUCGUCUUCUGCAGUUCGCCGUUCGAGAUGCUGUAAAAGCUGUACAGCAAACCAGCAGCUCUACGGAGCCAUCUUCUAAGCGCCUACGCUCUGUUGUUUCCACGGUACCCACAGACAACCAGCAUGGUAAAAUGUCAGAAAGAUCUACAGACAGCCUACAUGACAGGAGAUCAGAGAGAGCUACAGACAGCCUGCAUGACAGGAGAUCAGAAAGAUCUGCAGACAAAACGAAUGAUAAAAGAGUAGAAAGAAAAAGGCAAAUUCUACAAGUACCUGGAGCCGCUUUAGCUCUUAGAGCUGCUGCAGAGGCUGCUGCAGACUCUUCCAAAGCAAGAUCUACUGGAAGUGUGUUCAGUAGAUUGGGUCAAGGGAAUGCUGUGAAUCAACCAUCUCGUUCUCGUGAAGAGAAGAGAGGCUAUGAUGAUUUUGAACCAGCUACAACAAUAGAUGAUCACGACUCUGAUCAGCAUGAUAAUGACGAGCAGAUAUCUGGAGACCUGGAGAUAGCAGACGGGGAAGAUGAAAUGAAUGUUGAUACUACCUCUGAUGAGGAUGCGGACAUAGAUGAUGAAAUGACUAGAUACCAAAGUUCGGAUUCACAUGUUGUGGAGAAGAAAUAUACAUUGACAAAAUGCAGUGCUGAACCUGAGACCAAUAAAACAAAGCAUUCAAGUUUGACUUAUGAGGAGCAACCUGUUUCUUCGGCACCAAUAAGAGCAAGCAAAACUGUUGCUGCUCCAGUUAACCCCAUUUCUGUGGAACCUCCAAAUUUUGGAACACCAAAAGAUGUUCAUGUUGUGGAGAAGCCGGACAUCACACCCAUGAAUGCUAAUGUUGGCCCUCCAGCUAUUAAUGUCAAAGAAUUAGGUCAUGGAGAAGUCCAAAAGGAUUCACAGCGCUCUGCAACAUCUGUUUCUAGUUCAUAUAGCACUGCCCAUCCCACAGAAGAUGCGGAUUCAAGGACCCUCUAUGUUAGCAAUGUUCACUUUGCUGCCACCAAGGACUCACUGUCUCGCCAUUUCAACAAGUUUGGUGCAGUGCUGAAAGUAGUCAUUGUUACUAAUGCAGCAACUGGGCAGCCAACAGGGUCUGCCUAUGUAGAGUUUUUACACACAGAGUCGGCUGAAAGAGCUCUGUCAUUGAAUGGCACAUCAUUUAUGACGCGCAUUCUAAAGGUCGUGAGACGAAGCUCCCAUGAAGCUGCUCACUUUUAUGGUUGGCCUGGUAGUGGUCGAUCAUCAUAUGCUAGGGGUAGGAUGGCAUACCCAAGGGGUGUUCUCCCUGGUAGCUCGUUUAGAGGGCGUACUCCGAUGAAAGCAGGUGCCAGAAGUUUUCAGUGGAAACGUGAGCCUUCAGGCACGGAGUCAAAUGCAGGUGCAAAACCCGACAUGAGUGUGGCAUUGGCUUCAGCUGAGCAGGUGCUUCCACCAGCCACAUAG